AUGAGCUGGCCCGUGGACUCCCAGCCUCAGUCUGUGGAUGUUUUGUCUGAUGCUGCUGAGUGGAGCUCUGGGAUCUGUGACUGCUGCCAGGACAAGAGAGAGUGUAAAAACUUUUACUUUAUUUCAUAUUUAAAAAUAAAACUUUUAGUCCUGAAAUUUAAAAAAAAACUGAUGUGGUGAGUUUGUGUGGUUGUUGUUUUUACGUGUGUAAAUAAAAUGUGUUUCAAAAUGUUUAUUUUCUUUAUCUCAGUGAAUUUUAGUCUAUUGCUGCUCCUGCUUCAUGUCUGUCUGUUUGUCUGUCUGUCUGUCUGUCUGUCUGUCUGUCUGUCUGUCUGUCUGUUUAGGCUGUUUUGCCUUCUGGUGCUGCCCCUGCUUUGCCUGUAUCACGACUAAAGCCUUGGGUCAGUGUCUCUGUCUCCCCCUGCUGGAUGUCUGCGGCUGCAUCCCCUCCAUCACCAUGGCCAUGAGGGUGUCUGUGAGACAUCGCUACGGCAUCAGAGUGAGGACAAAAAUCUAUUCUUAUUUAUCUGGCGCCAAAUCACAACAACCAUUAUGUCAAGACACUUUACAGAGGAGCAGGUCUAGACUGAACCUGUAGUCUGAAGGAUUACAAAGACCUAAACCUCCAGAUGGAACAGAUUUAACCAUCCAGAAAUAAGAGUCAGUCUGAACCCUCGAACCAACAGGAGAGAAACUCUUUACAGCAUUCAUCAGGUGACAGAGGAGAGGAAGAACUUCCUUUAACAGGCAGAAACCUCAAGGAGGACCAGACUGAUGUUAGACCGACAUCUACUGCAGCUGGGUUAGGGAGAGAGAGAGGGAGAGAGAGAGAGAGAGAGAGAGAGAGAGAGAGAGAGAGAGAGAGAGAGAGAGAGAGAGAGAGAGAGAGAGAGAGAGAGAGAGGGAGAGAGAGGGAGAGAGAGAGAGAGAGAGAGAGAGAGAGAGAGAGAGAGAGAGAGAGAGAGAGAGAGAGAGAGAGAGAGAGAGAGAGAGAGAGAGAGAGAGAGAGAGAGAGAGAGAGAGAGAGAGAGGGAGAGAGAGAGAGAGAGAGAGAGAGAGAGAGAGAGAGAGAGAGAGAGAGAGAGAGAGAGAGAGAGAGAGAGAGAGAGGGAGGGAGAGAGAGAGAGAGAGAGAGAGAGAGAGAGAGAGAGAGAAAAGGUUUUUCUGGUCCGAGUUUUAUCAGUCGGUCUUCCUGUCGGCGUGAAGAGCAGUAGCCUACAGUAUAUCUACAGUUAAUAUAGAUUUUUUAUAACUUCAUAAAAAUUUUAAAAAUUGGAAAAAUAAUUGAUUAUCUGUUGUUGUUGUUGUUGUGUCUUCGUUGGUUUAAUGUUGUUGUUGUUUCUUACGUUGUGUUGUUGUUGUUGUUUCUUACGUUGUUUUGUUGUUGUUGUUGUUUCUUACGUUGUGUUGUUGUUGUUGUUGUUUCUUAUGUUGUGUUGUUGUUGUUGUUUCUUACGUUGUGUUGUUGUUUCUUAUAUUGUGUUGUUGUUGUUGUUGUUGUUGUUUCUUAUGUGUUUUUUUUCUUUGUUGGUUUUCAGGGCAGUCUGUGCACGGACUGCACGUGCGCGUUCUUCUGUCUGCCGUGCGUUUGGUGUCAGAUUUCCAGAGAGAUGAAGAGCAGGAAGUUACCCACCGUGUUCAGUGACAUCAUCAGCCGCUGAUAAUGAGGCACCACCUCCCUUCUGCGCUAUCCAAUCAGAGACCAGGGGUCCGUUUCACGUAGGUGGUUCAACAAACUCUGAGUUAAAUCCUUAACUCUGAGUUGAUCUACUCUGAGUUAGGAAACUCUGAGUUUCCGGUUUCACAACACCUGAUUUGAGACGGUUUUAACAACUCCGAGUAGUUUGACCUGGAGUUAAGCACGUGCACGCCAGACAUAAACAGCCAGCAUCUGUGGAGCGCAGAUUCAAUGAUCAACCAAUGGAAACAGGGAGAAGGAGGGGGCAGCAGCAAGCCAACAGCGAAUUACAGCACGUUUGUUAAAAGAAAGUGCAAUACAGCAGCAGCUGCAAAGGAGAGGGAGAGGGCUUGGGAGGAAAUCGCUGCUCGCGUCAAUGCGUAACUUUAAAUCUAGUCUCGUGCAAUCACAAUGACAGACUGUUGCAGGGAAACUGCUUGAAUCAUUUUGAUCAUGUUUUACAUUGUCAAGUAAGUAUUAAGUGGCAGUUUGAUCCCUUAGAAAAUGC